GCGGGGAGGAGGGCGGGCGUGCGCGCGCCGGGCGUGGGUGUGGGCGUGGGUAAGUAGAGCGGGCGCGGCGGCAGCGCGGGGCAGAGGGACGCCGGCUACCCUGGACAGCGCAUCGCCGCCCUCGCCGCGCCGCAGCCGCCGCGGAUCAUGGAGCAUCUAAAGGCUUUUGAUGAUGAAAUCAAUGCUUUUUUGGACAAUAUGUUUGGACCUCGAGAUUCUCGAGUCAGAGGAUGGUUCAUGUUGGACUCUUACCUUCCUACCUUUUUUCUUACUGUCCUGUAUCUGCUUUCAAUAUGGCUGGGUAACAAAUACAUGAAGAACAGACAUGCUCUCUCCCUCAGGGGUAUCCUCACCUUGUAUAAUCUCGGAAUCACACUUCUCUCCGUAUACAUGCUGGCAGAGCUUAUUCUCUCCAGUUGGGAAGGAGGCUACAAUUUACAGUGUCAAGAUCUCACCAGUGCAGGGGAAGCCGAUGUCCGGGUAGCCAAGGUGUUGUGGUGGUACUACUUCUCCAAGUCCAUAGAGUUCCUGGACACAAUUUUCUUUGUUUUGCGGAAAAAAACCAGUCAGAUUACUUUUCUUCACGUAUACCAUCAUGCCUCCAUGUUUAACAUCUGGUGGUGUGUUUUGAACUGGAUACCUUGCGGGCAAAGUUUCUUUGGACCCACACUGAACAGUUUUAUCCACAUUCUCAUGUACUCCUACUAUGGCCUUUCUGUAUUUCCAUCUAUGCACAAGUAUCUCUGGUGGAAGAAAUACCUCACGCAGGCUCAGCUGGUGCAGUUCGUGCUGACCAUCACGCACACGCUGAGCGCGGUGGUGAAACCCUGCGGCUUCCCCUUCGGCUGUCUCAUCUUCCAGUCGUCCUACAUGCUCACCUUAGUCAUCCUGUUCUUAAAUUUUUACGUUCAGACGUACCGAAAAAAGCCAAUGAAGAAAAAUACGCAAGAGCCACCUGCAGGGAAAGAAGUUAAGAACGGUUUCUCCAAAGCCUGCUUCGCUGCAACUAAUGGGGUAAUAAACAAGAAAGCACAGUAAAUGCCCAGUAACAGACAAAGCAUAUAUAAUAGCCUCACAGAUUCGCUUGUUUUAAAGCAAAGACUGAAUUGAAAGUUAUAUAUGUUUUAGCAUAAACUAAUUUCUUUUGAGUUUAUAAAUCAUUUGUACCCGGAAUGUAUUAAUAUAUUGCUAUUAGGUUAAUCUGUUAACUGAAUGCUUCCGUCAACAUACGUGUCACUUCAGACACCGAACUCUGUAGACCUCAGAACUGGUGCGGCUCUGUCUCCUCCCCACAGACUGACCCCCUCACCAGAACCGUCGGUAUAACGCCUUAUACACGUACAAAGCCAGGAAACACGGAGCCUUGUUUUCCGAAGCCAGUCUUCAAAUAAAAAGUUUUAUUCAGA